AUGAAGAUCAACUCUUGUUUGUUUUUCGCACUUUUUCUUCUUCUUGUCACAUAUGCUUUGGCCGUCGAGACUACUAAUUCGCAACAUGAGACCAUGACUGAGACUAAAACCAAGGGACCGGAGGAGGCGAGUAAGGCAGAAGCCUACGGAGGAGGUGGUGGAAACUAUGGCGGCGGUGGUGGAAACUAUGGCGGUGGUGGGGGAAACUACGGUGGUGGUGGUGGUGGUGGUGGUGGAUGGGGAUGCCGUUAUGGAUGCUGCUAUCGUGGACGAUGGGGUGGUGGUUGUGCGAGAUGUUGUGCUUCACCCGAAGAAGCCAAAGCGUUUGCCGAAAAACAAGUCGAUCACCCAUAG